AUGCUUAAGAAAAUCUCCUCCGAUUCGUAUCGUCUUCUUGCUCCGGCACUAUCACCAUCUUCAUCAUCGUCACUAAACAGAGCAGAGAUCGAACGUGUCACAAGGAUCAUCAAUGAUCAUCCAUACCCAAAUCAUCCGAUUCAACCCAUUCUCACAAAACAAAUCCCUUUAUCUUCGUUAUCACCGGAAUUCGUAUCGGAAGUUCUCGGUCGUCUCUUCGCUGCUCAUUCCAAUGGCCUUAAAGCUCUCGAAUUCUUCAAGUACUCACUUAAAGCCCCUAAAUCUUCUCCUCCAACCUCUGAUUCAUUCGAGAAAACACUUCACAUUCUCACAAGGAUGAGGUAUUUCGAUCAAGCUUGGGCUUUAAUGGAGGAAAUCAGAAAACACUAUCCUGAUUUGUUGACCUUCAAGUCAAUGAGUAUACUUCUCUGUAAAAUCGCUAAAUUCGGUUCGUAUGAAGAAACUUUAGAAGCUUUUAAAAGAAUGGAGAAAGAGAUAUUCAGAAAGAAAUUUGGUGUUGAUGAGUUCAAUGUUCUUCUACGAGCAUUUUGCACAGAGCGAGAGAUGAAGGAGGCGAGAUCGAUUUUCGAGAAACUGCAUUCUAGGUUUAAGCCAGAUGUGAAGACGAUGAACAUUUUACUUCUAGGGUUUAAGGAAGUUGGUGAUGUUACAGCUACGGAGCUAUUCUACCAUGAAAUGGUGAAGCGAAGAUUCAAACCCAAUUCUGUAACUUACGGUAUUAGAAUCGAUGGGUUCUGCAAAAAACGAAACUUUGGGGAAGCUUUGAGGCUAUUUGAAGAAAUGGAUCGGUUAAAUCUUGAUACUACGUUACAGAUACUCACUACAUUGAUCCAUGGAUCUGGUGUAGUUCGGAACAAGAUCAAAGCACGCCAACUGUUCGAUGAAAUUCCUAAGAGAGGGUUAACACCUGAUUGCGGAGCUUAUAACGCUUUGAUGAGUACUCUAAUGAAGUGCCGAGACGUGAGUGGUGCAAUCCAGGUGAUGAAGGAGAUGGAAGAGAAAGGAAUUGAACCUGACAGUGUGACGUUCCAUUCGAUGUUUAUCGGAAUGAUGAAAUCGAAAGAGUUUGGAUUCGACGGGGUAUGUGAGUAUUACCAGAAAAUGAAGGAAAGAUCUCUGGUUCCGAAAACACCAACGGUAGUGAUGCUGAUGAAGCUUUUCUGUCUGAACGGUGAAGUCAAUUUAGGUCUAGACCUGUGGAAGUAUAUGCUGGAGAAAGGGUAUUGCCCUCAUGGCCACGCUUUGGACCUCCUUACCACUGCACUGUGUGCUCGAAGAAGAGCCAAUGAUGCAUUUGAGUGCUCGAGGCAGACAGUGGAGAGAGGAAGGUGCGUUAGCGAACCAGUCUUUCGAAUGUUAGAGACCUCCUUAUCUAGCAAAGACGAGUUGCGGAAACUAGAGGAACUCAAGAAGAAGAUACAGAAACUGCAUAGCUUUUUGCCACCUCCUGGAACACAGCUAAUUUAG